AUUCCCCUUCACUCUCUAUCUCCACUAUACAUUUUCUCCCUCUCUCCAUACACAUUUUCGAUUUUUCUUCUAUUUUCUCUCUAAAGAAGCUAUGGAUCGGAGAUCAGCAGUCCUACUCGCAUUGAUCUGCCUUGUAGUGGCCACCCCGACAGCGGCUCCCGUUCAGUCGCCACCAUCUCCAGCUCCCGAGGCCGCGACUCCACCAGCUGAGUCUUCGCCGCCGGCUCCUGCUUCCGCCCCUCCCACCGAGGCACCAGCUAAGGCGCCUACACCAAGCAAGAAGAAGAGCAAGAAGCACGCUGCUCCUGCUCCGGCCCCCGAGCUGCUCGGCCCACCCGCCCCUCCCGUCGGAGCUCCCGGUCCCAGCGCCGACGUCAUUUCUCCUAGCCCUACGUCACUCAACGAUGAGAGUGGGGCAGAGCAAGUGAUGAGCGGUGUUGCAAUGGGAGCGGCCAUCGUGGGCUGGAUCUUCUUCUUCUAGAGAGAGAGAGAGAGAGAGAGACUAUUUAAUUUCUUUCCAUUUUUCUUUUCGGCAAAUCUCAGGAUAUCCGCGGGCCCACCAUAAUUAACAUAUAUUUUGUCUAUAUGUUGAUAUGAUCUAGAUCGGACGGCGGGGAUUUGCCAUAUUUUCGGCUCUCUUGGAUUCUUUGUUUGGUAGAGUGAGAGAGUGAAAAUUUGAGGGGAGAGGCUCUUUUUUAUCUUUUUCUACUUUUGUGUACUAUUAUUCACUGCUUUUGCUCUGUUACUUUUCUCCCCAUAUUAUAUAUUUUAUUCUAUUGAUUAUUUAUUCUA